GGGGGUUGCCGCAGCCGCCAUCUUAGAUUCCGCGGUAGCGGUGGCGGCUGUAGGGUACCGCGUUUGGGGAGUGGCUCUCCCCUCCCCCUUCCCCCAGUUCGGUGGCGGCGGCUCCUCCCACUGGGAGGGGGGUGGUGCGACGGCAGUGGCAUCUGCGGCCAUGGCGGCGACUGCUGCUAACCCCGAAAUGACAUCAGAUGUACCAUCACUGGGUCCAGCCAUUGCCUCAGGAAACCCUGGGGCUGGGAUUCAAGGUGGAGGAGCCAUUGUCCACAGGGCUAUUAAGCGGCGAUCAGGGUUGGAUUUUGAUGAUGAUGGAGAAGGGAACAGUAAAUUUUUGAGGUGUGAUGAUGAUCAGAUGUCUAAUGAUAAGGAGCGAUUUGCCAGGUCGGAUGAUGAGCAGAGCUCUGCGGAUAAAGAGAGACUUGCCAGGGAGAAUCACAGUGAAAUUGAACGGCGGCGACGGAACAAGAUGACAGCCUACAUCACAGAACUGUCAGACAUGGUGCCCACCUGUAGUGCCCUGGCUCGAAAACCAGACAAGCUAACCAUCUUACGCAUGGCAGUCUCUCACAUGAAGUCCUUGCGAGGAACUGGAAAUACAUCCACUGAUGGCACCUACAAGCCUUCUUUCCUCACUGAUCAGGAACUCAAACAUUUGAUCUUGGAGGCAGCAGAUGGCUUUCUGUUUAUUGUCUCAUGUGAGACAGGUCGGGUGGUUUAUGUCUCUGACUCAGUGACCCCUGUUUUGAACCAGCCUCAGUCUGAAUGGUUUGGUAGCACACUCUACGAUCAGGUGCAUCCAGAUGACGUGGACAAACUUCGUGAGCAGCUUUCCACUUCGGAAAAUGCCCUGACAGGGCGUAUCCUUGAUCUGAAGACUGGAACAGUGAAAAAGGAAGGCCAGCAGUCUUCCAUGAGGAUGUGUAUGGGCUCAAGGAGAUCAUUUAUUUGCCGUAUGAGGUGUGGCAAUAGCUCUGUGGACCCCGUCUCCAUGAAUAGACUGAGCUUUGUGAGGAACAGAUGCAGGAACGGACUUGGCUCUGUGAAGGAUGGGGAACCUCAUUUUGUGGUGGUCCACUGCACAGGCUAUAUCAAGGCCUGGCCCCCAGCAGGUGUCUCCCUCCCAGAUGAUGAUCCAGAGGCUGGCCAGGGGAGCAAAUUUUGCCUAGUGGCCAUUGGCAGACUACAGGUAACCAGUUCUCCCAACUGUACAGACAUGAGUAACGUUUGUCAACCAACAGAGUUCAUCUCUCGGCACAACAUUGAGGGGAUCUUCACUUUUGUGGAUCACCGCUGUGUGGCUACUGUUGGCUAUCAACCACAGGAACUCUUAGGAAAGAAUAUUGUGGAAUUCUGUCAUCCUGAAGACCAACAGCUUCUAAGAGACAGCUUCCAACAGGUGGUGAAGUUAAAAGGCCAGGUGCUGUCUGUCAUGUUCCGGUUCCGGUCUAAGAACCGGGAAUGGCUCUGGAUGAGAACCAGCUCCUUUACUUUCCAGAACCCUUACUCAGAUGAAAUUGAGUACAUCAUCUGUACCAACACCAAUGUGAAGAACUCCAGCCAGGAACCAAGGCCUACACUGUCCAACACAAUCCAGAGACCACAGCUAGGUCCCACAGCUAAUUUACCCUUGGAGAUGGGCUCAGGGCAGUUGGCAUCCAGGCAGCAGCAACAGCAAACAGAAUUGGAUGUGGUAUCAGGAAGAGAUGGACUGGCUGGCUACAAUCAUUCCCAGGUUUCUGUUCAGCCUGUAACAACCACAGGGCCAGAACACAGUAAGCCCCUUGAGAAGUCAGAUAGUCUGUUUGCCCAGGAUAGAGAUCCAAGAUUUUCAGAAAUCUACUCUAACAUCAAUGCAGAUCAGAGUAAAGGCAUCUCCUCCAGCACUGUCCCUGCUACCCAACAGCUAUUCUCACAGGGCAACACAUUCCCUCCUACCCCCCGGCCGGCAGAGAAUUUCAGAAAUAGUGGUCUGCCCUCUCCUGUAACCAUCGUCCAGCCAUCAGCUUCUGCAGGGCAGAUGUUGGCCCAGAUUUCCCGCCACUCCAACCCACCCCAAGGAGCAGCCCCAACUUGGACCCCUAGCACCCGCCCAGGCUUCUCUGCCCAGCAGGUGGCUACUCAGGCUACAGCCAAGACUCGUUCUUCCCAGUUUGGUGUAGGCAGCUUUCAGACUCCGUCCUCCUUCAGCCCAAUGUCCCUCCCUGGUGCUUCAACUGCGUCACCUGGUGCUGCUGCCUACCCUAGUCUCACCAAUCGUGGAUCCAACUUUGCUCCUGAGACUGGACAGACUACAGGACAAUUCCAGACACGGACAGCAGAGGGUGUAAGUGUCUGGCCACAGUGGCAGGGCCAGCAGCCUCAUCAUCGCUCGAGUUCUAGCGAGCAACAUGUUCAACAGCCAUCAGCACAGCAACCUGGCCAGCCUGAGGUCUUCCAGGAGAUGCUGUCCAUGCUGGGAGACCAGAGCAACAGCUACAACAACGAAGAAUUUCCUGACCUAACUAUGUUUCCCUCCUUUUCAGAAUAGAACUAUUGGGCCAACAGCUGGAACUGACUUCCGCAAUCCUAAUGGAAUAAAUCCAGCACCCCUAGUCAUCCGCCCACAUUAUCCACACUUCCCCGUCGAAAGGAGCCCGGAGCACAGAACCCCAUCAGCAGGUUAAGAACCAGCUGUCUGGGAAUAUGGCUCCAGCUGUUUCCUCAUCCCAAGCCAGGCUGUGAACCCCUUGGCACA